AUGAAGUUGAAGAAAGCGGAGAACCUGCAUGGCCCAGCUCUUUCCUCGAACUUUGGACCCAACGCCAUCUUUGAUAUGGCACAUGGUCUCAAUUUAGAUAGUCUAGUCACGGAGACGUUCCACGCCGAGGCCAUUAUUUGUACUCGAACUCUCGUCAACGACAAGGAUAUGAAUCCUCACUACUGGACCUUCAGGGGCCCGCCACGCAAAGUGCAAGACAAUGCUGACCCUACUGAUCCCAACCGCAGCAACAUCACUCUCGUCACGCGACCAAUGCCGGUUUGCAUGAACAGCGCCGACAGGACUCCGUCUUUCAACAUCCCCUAG